AUGGGAAGUGGUACAUAUCUGCAGAUAUCAUUGCCUGUAUGUCCAUCAGGGACAGUACUCAAUAAAUAUCUUGGAUAUCCAUCGAUCACAAUUAUAUUUGCAACUUUGGCACUGGCGUGUUUCAUCUUUGCUAUCAUCAUUGCAUUCAAAUACAACAGUGUAGCUGUUUUUCACAAAAAGAUUAGAACUCAAACCAUUUCAAACACAAUUUGGAUUUUAUAUUAUCUCACUUUAGGUCUCAGAGGAUCUGCAAAUACAAUUAGAUAUGCAAUGCAAAAAGAUAAAGAAGAAGACAUUGAGAGAGUGUUCUUUGUUGCGAGUCUGACGUUGAAUGGAUUUACAGCGUUGACACUUACACUGGCUUUGAAUCAUCAAAGAAAAUACAGAUCGUCGUCAUCGCAGAAGCAACCAUACAAAGAGUCGGAUCCUCUCAUUUCACCGGAUAGCAACCAAUCGACUCGACUGAAAUCUAUCAUCAAGCGAAACUUCUCAUGGUCAGAAGCUGCCUUCCUUUUCUUUUUCAUUUGUUUCUUAACUUUUCUAUAUGUUGAAAUUGUUGAGGAAAAUGCAAUUUUCUAUUAUAUUUUAAUUGGAUUCUCUAUAUUACAACAUUUGCCAGUUAUGGCAUUGGCAAUUAUGAUAGCAUUCACAAGGAACAACGGUGAGGGACCGACCACCAAGAGUAGAGUAUUCUUGUUGUUAGGUGCACUCUUCAAUCUCUGUAAUUAUCUGCCAUUGUUUGUUUGGUCAAAGUUUUUGCCGGGUGGAUGUCCCUUGUAUAUCUUUAGUUUUGUUGACAUCGUCCAACUCUCUGACUUUGCAUCGCUGUUAUUCUUCUUUUUGUUCUUGCGUUCCGAAUACAUUAGAAACGUCGAAGAAUGUAUAUGGACUGCCGUCAGUCAAAUUCAAAUUCUAGAGUAG